AUGUUGAAUACGUGGGGAAUCAUGACAUAUGAUCUUCAUGGGCCUUGGGAUGAGGAUGUUACGCAGAUUGUACGCGUCACCCUUGGCUACACAAACAUCCCCGAGAUUGCCAACCGGUCACUGCAACUAUACUACACCGGCGUCGACCCUGCAAAGGUCUGCAUGGGCCUUGAUUACUAUGCACAUCGCUAUGCCGUCGCCGAUUCGAAAUGCAGUGGUUUAUGUAUCGGAGAAAUAUAA